AUGGCUCCUCUCCGAGUGCAGGUUGCAGCGUUUGCUGCGGUGGUGGCUGUACAGCUGAAUAUGUCGGGUUCCUUUGCAAACGGCGAAGCAACAAACAACAAUCCAGAAGGACAGGCUCCUGUUGUUAGGUCGCCGUUUGCCAGCUUCUUCGACGGCUCUGCCCUGUCGGAUUUGGAUAGGAUGCUGCAGGGCACGUUUACGUCUAUGUUCAGUGGCUUUGGCGGUCUUGAAGGGAUGUUCCGUGCAGAGACUUCCCCUUUGUCUCUCUCCUUGCGUGAGGGGGAUGAAAAGGCUUGCCAAAUUCUGGUUAAAGGAGGGAGUGCAGGCGGGCUGGCUAGCGGUGUGAAGCUGGGGCUCGACUUACCCAGGCGCGCGUUGCACGUCACCUUCCAGCAGGAGGAGCACAAGAAGAGCGAAGAAGGCGAGAAGAAGAGAAGCUUCCUCUCGCAGUCCGUCCGUAUGGCGUCCUCGAUGGUGCUUCCUGAGCGCUGCAUUGCGACUGCUGGCGUGUUGAUGUCGGGUUUCGGUGGUUUGAUGUUGAACACGGAGGAGUCUGAGGGUUUGGUAGUUCUGCCUUCUCAAGUUUUGCUGAAGGAGGCCAUUGAGAGCGGUGCUUUGCCUGAGACCGUCGUUGAAGCUGUAGAGAACGGAGACCAAGUCGCACUCAAGGAACUCACAGAUCCACAACAGUGCCUCGCUGCUGGCUUUACAGCUGAGCAGUGCUCGAAGAUGGGGGAUAAGAAACCCUCAGUCGCCAUGGCUGUAGAGAACGGAGACCAAGUCGCACUCAAGGAACUCACAGAUCCACAACAGUGCCUCGCUGCUGGCUUCACAGCUGAGCAGUGCUUGAAGAUGGGGGAUAAGAAACCCGCAGUCGCCAUGGUUGCCUCAGCAGAAGGUCCACAUAUGCCCGUACCCCGUCUGGACGUGGCCUUGGAUGUGUUGAACUGA